AUGCAACAAGCACGUUGGCCGUUGAUAUCAUUGAUUCCGAUGACGAGCUCAGCCCCACUUCGAAUCAGCAGAAAAUAUGCCUUUGUGCCAGUAUCAACACGACAGAGACGCAGGAACGGGGACAACGAUCACGAAUGUCGAGCCAGAGUGCGAUGUUCCCCUACCAUACCCAUCCGGUCACUGAAGGAUUAUAUCGUCUCCCACGAGAUCAUUGGAAUUGGUGAAUCAGGAAAGGUGAUGGCUUGCUACAAUAAGUAUACUAACGAGAAGUACGCACUGAAAGUACUACGUGACGGACCGAAAGCUCGUCGUGAAGUUAGCCUUCACUACCUUACUAAGCAUGGCCUCCGCUGCUUCCAUCGAAGGCUAAUCGUUGGUAAAGAAUUCAAAUUUGGAAUACGCCAUGCACUCGUCUUCUACGAAUUCGUAGAAGCAGUUGCAUGGCUAGAAAGCGCUCAUGAAAAUGUCGUGACAAUUAUCGACAUCUAUGAGAACACUUUUGACGGAGUGAAAUGUCUUCUAAUGGUCGUCGAAUUUCUUGAAGGCGGUGAUCUACUUAAGUCAGUUUGA